ACGCCGACCGGAGCGGCCAGAGGAGUCGGUCAGUCAGUCACUCAGUCGCAGUCGGCGAGUCGCUCUCGGCUGCGCGGCGCGAUCGCGUGGGCGUCUCGCUUCUUCUCUUCUUUUCUUUUUCACUUUUUUUUCUUUUUUUAAUCUCCUCAUCCUAUUCUGUGCGGUGUUUUAACUUGGUGACGAGAGAACUUGAACCGGGAGGGGCUCUCGCCGUCGUCUUUCAUCAGCGGGAUUAUUCUGCUAUCGAAGCGGAAUGCGCUACAUGCCGGCUGACUCUCUGAGAGUCUGAGGAGAAAAAAAGUGAUGAUGUAACGGGGCUUUCGCUGUCGCUGUCGCGGUGAGGCAACAAUGUCCACACAAUGCAAUCGCUUCGUGCAAAACGCCUGGAAGAAGGAGCUCUGCUCCAACUGCUUCAAGCCGAAGGAGGAGCAUGCGCCGGCUGACGAUACCUUGCGAUUGAACGUCGAGAAAGCUUCCACGAAUCUGAAGAUUGAUCAUCUUCAGCUGCAGAGCAUCCUUCGCGGCAAAACGGUUUGUCGGAAAGAUCAACGAAAGAAGAACGUCGGCUUCCCGGAGUCUCUCACCGAGGUGAUCGGCUACGGCGGCGAUGACUUCUCCGACGGCGAGGAGGACAGGGGCGGCGGCCGGGUCGACUCGAAAUCGGAGGACCUGGUGCCGGACAGCGAGGAGGAGCGCGCGUUGUUCGACCUGACCCGCGCGAACACGAACUUCAACACGGUCACCGCGAAUCUGACGAACGUCGAGAGCAACGAUUCGCCCGACGCGUCCAAGUCGUCGAUGACGUCGCCUGCCAAGUCCUUCGCCUCGUUGAUGCUGGGUAAGAUACAGAGAGACGCCGAUGGCAGGAAGACGACCCUCCUGGUGUCCGUAACGCCCUUCGGUGGCGACGAGUCCGUACCCACCGCCAAGAGGCCGACCGAUCGAAAGAUCAACGCGAUCAAUUUGCAAACCAGUCCUGCGUUCAGAUUAAAACCCGGCGAUGGUGGAUCGUCGGAUAACACCGCCGAAGCCGCAAAGAAACUCAAUGGAUCAGAGCGGAAAAAGACGGAAGAGCAAGAACAAAAAUCUCUCCCGGAAUUGGGGAAGAUCGUAGACAUGCCGUUGAUCACCUCUGCCAAUAUGAUUUCCAUUAUGCGAAGGGAGAUCACGACGGAUACUGCCAACGCAGACGCGGUGAAGACAGAAAUGACGGCGCAGAAAUACUCGCCCGUCUGCAAAGUCGACAAGAGGAACGCGACAAAUGUGCCCCUUAACACCGUUUCAGCGGCAAAAAAGACUGAAAUCGAGAUUUCGUCGAGGAUGUUUGCGCAAUCCGCGCCGAGCAGCGACGUGGGGGAGAGCGUGAAGGGAACGACGACGAGUAAAAGCGAGUGUGCGAAACAAGACCAAGCGAAGGAAGAACUCGCCUCGUUGGCGUCUCUGAAGAACGAGGAGACGCCGGAGAGCGAAGGCUCGAUGAACGUCGACGACAAGAGUGUCAACGGCGUUGCCGACAACGGCACGAAGGGAGCUCCGUCGCCGCAGGUGCGCGAGGUCGAGGGAGCGUGCGAGGGCGCGGAGCGGAAGAAAUUCUGCUUCGACAGCAGCCGCGAGCUCGCGGGCGAACCGGACGGCAAAGCGGACGAGGAGGAAGUGACAGAGCCGCCGGCGCUGCCCACGAGCCCGCCGCCGAUCAUAACCACGGAGCCGAGGCCGUCUUUCCUACACGGUAGCGUCAAUAUCGACUCGAAGGCGAAGCCCGCCGUGCCGCAGAAACCGGUGACCUUUUCCGCGAAGGCGAACGAUGGUCCGCUCUCCGCGAGGAAAAUUCUGAACGGCGAUUACGUAUUGCCACCUCCGUCGGUUCAAACUGUCGCCGGCAGACCUAUUCAAAAUUUAGGUACGCAGGAUAUGAGCUCUCGAUGUUCAACGAAGAAGAACGUUACGAACGAGAUUUUAUCGGAGCCCGAUCAAGUCCCACCAACCAUUACAGCUCAAAACUCGGAAUCCGGAGAUCAAGCAAAAACCCUGUCGAAAUCCGCUUUCUCGCCGUUGUUCACUUCCGUAACCGCGUCUCCAGCCUCGCUGAGAAAUUAUCCGACGAGUAACGAAGAGGUAGACGAGAAUGUCAUGCUGGACGAGGAGUUUCCGGAAAUUACUCCGGUCUCCGUCUCCACGAUGGAGCUCGUGCGCUCGCCGAACAAGAGAAGAAUGGCUCCGCGGCCGCCGGAGUCCACGGAGGAUCUCCUGCCGGUCUCCUCUCUGUUCGCCAGGAAUCCGGGGGCGAAUCUGAAGUCCGACUCCCCGGUCGUUCGCGAGAAGGAGAAGCGAGAAAGAUCGUCCUCGUGCAGUCCGAAGUUCCGCAAGGCGGUCUGUGAUCUGCCGGAUCCGACGAACGACAACGUCAAGCCGAUCGAGCACGUGUCCAGGAGGACGAUAUCCCUGUCGCAGGACAGCUUGACCACGGAGAAGGAGGUGCGAGAGGAGAAGAAGAGGGGCAGAAACCGAAAGGGCUUCUCCCUCAAGAGAUUCCUGAGAAUGGGCACGAGGAAAGAUAUGGACGUGAUCACCGGUCAAACGUCGGGCGCGAGAACGGACGAGAUACCGUCGACGCCGCAGCCGAAGCCGCGAUUAGAGAUAAUCCAUCCGUUGGAGUUGGACGGUGCCGCGGUCGAGGUGGUGGGAAAUGACAGGAUCACCGCCAGGAUGGGCGAGGACCAGCCGGAUGCCUGCGGUGUCAAAAACGACGGUUCAAGGAUGCCGCGGUUUCCUCCACCGAUCGCGGCGAGACCCGGGAAACCACCUCCGCCGCCGAGAAACCAAUCCCUCGAGGAUUGGCCGAGGCUGGAUUCGGCGAACAAACCAGUCAGACCGCCGCCACCUCGCGCGGAGAUCAAAUUGAGCAUUGCCGCCUCCAGAAACGACAAGACGUCGAAGGCCACCUGGAGGCCAACCUCCGCGACGACCUCGGAUUCAAUUUACGCGAAUCUGGCAGCGGAGGAUGUUACAGGUGAGGUGCGCAGCGCCCUGGCACCCUCGAAACCCCAAAGAACCGCCAGCUUGAGGGACCGAGCAAUCUCGCAACCCGUCCUGAAAAGGGCGCCGGGUACGUCGGCUGAGGAUCAGCACCGGGAUUACGACGGACUCACCGCUGUACAACGAUCCACUUCCGACUCGCCGACAUCCAACGACAGCCACGUGUACGAGUGCCUCUCGAGCUCACCCGAGUGUGAUUCGAAUCUUGAGCUGCGGCACGGAAGUGGAGGCGGAUUCCGCGCCGCGUGCAAGAGAAAGUCCGACAGCAGCGCGAUAAUCGGGGACUCGAAGGUUCAUCAUCAACCGUCAUUCGUGAGGUCGAUCUCGUUGCCGUAUUGCGGCAGCGAGACCGAGAGCGAGCUUUACGCGCCGUACACCUUCUACACCGGCGACGAGGGCGCCGAGGAGGAUCAGGAUUGGAAGAGCACGGACGACGAGCCGAGGAUGGGCCGCUUGAGGCAACGCCGGGGGCGCACCGUCGUUCAUCGAAGCCUCGAGGAUAAUUACGGCGCGGUAGUUGUGGCGAAUCACGAGGCGCUCGCCCAAUUCCUCGAGCAGGAAAAUCAAACUGUCCAAUUUCCGCCAAGCCUGCGCGCUCUCAAGAACGCGAAUCCCCAAUUGAAGCACUUCAACGUCGACACUCCAUCGUCGGUCUCUGUCGGUAGAAGAAUAUUUUGUCCGGCGACGUGGAACGAUCAAAAUAUCACUCUCUGCGUAGCGUUCGAUUUAGCUAUGCCUAUGCCACAGAAGGACUUUUAUUUGACGCCCGUAAUAGAAUUCGUGGAUAAAGUGCCGAAGGAGAUAAUCGAGAAGGUGCGGCCCUCCGGGGACGAGGAUGUCGAAGCGACAAUUUCGGUUCUCCCGUGCCUGCAUGUCACCACCAUACAAUCGUUCGGGGCGAUGUCGAAGGACAUAAACGGCGAGGGCGUGAGCAGAGAGGCGUCGUUCGUCCUUCUUCAACUGGUCAACGCGCUGAAGAGCCUUCAAGCACGCGGGAUCGAGGAUGCCAGCAGAUCUCUGAGCGACGUCGUGCUCUGCAGAGAGGACGUCUAUUAUCGGCUCUAUCUCCUACAAGGGAGGUUAAACAUAGACCCGAGCGACGAGCCUGGCGAGGAACGGGUCUCCCUGUGCGAAUGCGCUCUAAUAGCGCUGCAACAGUUGCAUCUGACGGGCGAGCUACCUCUCAUACAAGAUUUACUGAUACGCGAGAAAGCGGUUACCCUCUCGCAGGUAAAAUCCGUGCUGGAAUUCUCACUGUGGGGCCCGGCCGACGUGCCACUCGGUGGUCCACGGGAAAGGGAAGUGGCGCUUCAGAGAUGGCUCGAUCUCGAGCGGGCGAACGUACUUCACGCACUCAUCAAGACGAAGGCAGCUCUGACCGUUAUAGACGAGUAUCAAUUAUUAUUCUUGGUACGAACCACUGCUAAAAUUAUGAGUGAGGCGUCGGUGCUCCUUGACGAGCAGCGUAAGCGCUUGGCGCAAAGGUGCUGAUACGUUCUCCGUCCCGUACAUGGCGCGAGUUGUAUAAAUACUAAAUAUCCGGCUAGAAGAACUAAUAUUUAUUGAUAAGCGGAAAGAAGUUAUCCCAACGCAAAGGUAAUUUGUAACUGGUGUACUAGAAUAACAUAACACAGCUUUUCCCUUAUACAAUUAAUUUAUGUUCCUCGUUAUUGACAGAUUUUUUUUUUAAAUAGCCGUAAGAACAACUGUAUAAUUGACUUAUGCUAACGUGAGAUUGAAUCGUACGUUUUUGCUGAUGAGGAGUAUAUAUUUUUACAUACGCAAAGCACAUAUUGGUAUACGUAUAAAUAAUCUCGAAACAGCUCAAUGUUAAUAAAUAUCUUAUACGUAAUGUAAUAUCUGAUGAUAAGAUAUAAAGGUAUUAGGAAUGUGCCAAUGCUCAAUCGAAGUGUGAUUUUGCGUGUACGGUGUGUGCAUUUCAGAGUGUUUCCGUCGCGAAGCCGGAAGUUCAGAGGUAGGUGUUUC